UAGGUGAGUCUAUCGAUGUGAUCGGACGUGCGUCAUUUUUGGAAGGUGUGACCGACGUCAAACGCGAAAUUGAGUUUAUGUUACUCUUUUAGACUUUCAUAUUUUGCACAUUGGUUUUUUUUGUUACUAACCGCAUAAGCGGCAUUUUCGAUUCUGGCCGUAUCGACUCUGUUAGAGUCGGGGCCAAUCUCGCCGCAGUUCCACAGGCAGACGCGAUUUCUUUUUCUGGAGUUUUUCGGACGAAGUUGAAGAGCGAGCACGUGACGACAUUCCGAACCGGCGCAAACCGGCAGCACUUUGUGUUCAAUAUGCGAUUUCGUAGUGAAAACGACGGCCUCUCUAAUUUGUGUGUUCUGUGGUUUCAGUUUAACGUUUCUUCUUUAUUCUUUUCCUUUCAAGUGCAACAACAUUGAAAGUGUGACCGACUCCUUUCUUUUCUUUAAUUUUCGUAUCACCGUAGAUAAGUGUAAUUAAGUAUGGAUUUAUUCGUAAUUAUCGGACUCUUAUUCGUAAUCUACUAUUCCGUUUAUCUCAUUCUUCCCUCCUUCUUGGAUUGCGACAUACUGCUCGCUUUUAAGGAAAAGUACGGUAAACCCGUAUCUUCGUUGAAAGGCAAGACAGUAUGGAUAACAGGUGCAUCUUCCGGUAUCGGAGAAUAUUUAGCUUACGUGUUAGCCAAAGCGGGCUGCAAAUUAAUCUUGUCCGCUCGGAGAGUCACUGAAUUAGAACGAGUGAAGAAAACGUGUUUGGAAGAGAACAGAAACUUAACCGACAAUGAUGUGGAAGUUUAUUCUAUGGAUGUGCUCGAUUUGGAUUCACACGAGAAAGCAUUCGAACAUGUAAUCAAUAAAUUCGGCAAGUUAGACAUACUCGUCAAUAAUGCUGGCCGUAGUCAAAGAGCAAAAUGGGAAAACAUUGAGAUAGCAGUUGAUAAAGAAAUGUUCAACUUGAAUGUAUUCUCCAUCUUGUCCUUGAGCAGAUUAGUAGUGAAACACUUUUUGAAAGUAGGCGAAGGCCAAAUCGUUAAUACUUCGAGUUUAGCAGGAAUUGUACCCGCACCGAUGUCGGCGACCUACUGCGGCACCAAACAUGCCUUACAUGGUUAUUUCAGACCGUUCUUCUUGGAACAUCCCGAUAAUAAUAUCAGCAUGACAAUGGUUUGCCCAGGUCCGGUACAGACCGAAUUUCUAGCCAAGAGUUUCACGGAGAAAUCUGGCGAGAAUUACGGUGUAACAACGGACACAUCUAAAAACAAAGUCAGCGUGGAACGUUGUGCAAUUUUAAUGGGCGUCGCGAUUGCAAAUAAAUUGGACGAAGUAUGGAUUGCCACGGCAUCUCCGUUACGACUCGUAUACAUGGUUUAUUGUUUUCCGAAUUUUGCAAAAUGGAUUAUAAAGAAUUUAGGUCUGAAAUACCUGCUAAAAUUACGAGAUGCUAACGCCUCCAAAACGGAUUAAUCGUCAUGAUCAUCACUGAAUAUUCUAAUGUCAACACCAACUGUAUUUUUGUCAAUAUAUUCUUCACAUAAGCGCUUUAAGAUUUUUAUAUGAUGUAUAUAUUAAACAUAAUAAGAGAAUAAAACAGAUGUAAACGGAUUAAUUAAUGUCCA